GUGCGGCUUCUUAACGCGCUCGCUCGCAGUGUAAUCUUAUUUGGUUUUUUCGACAAUGAAAUCGUUUAAUUUUCCUUUGCUCGCCGCCGUCGUGUUGCUGGCCGACUGCGGUCUGGCCGGCGUUGCCAUUCUGUUCAGCAACCAGCUGAACUUCCUGACGCACGUGAUGGAAAACCAAACGCGAUGGAAAAACGUGCUGAAGGAACGCGUGAAAGGCUUGCCGGACGUACCACACGGCUGGCACAUGAUGGACGCUUUGCCGCAAGAAAACGGAGAGGCCGUGGCCGAAGACAUUGUGCACGCCAUAAUCCUUCACCACCGGCAGGUGGGCUCGUUCGUCAACCACGGCGUGGUGGCGCUGAGGAUGGCUUUCUCGUGUUACACGCUCAAGAACAUGAUGUACCAGAUCUAUCUGAUCAACGAGCUCAUCGUCCGCGACCUGGACCCGUCCAAAGUGGUCAUACACCUGGCCAACCUGAAGCCCGUGAUGGUCAAGCUGUGGGACAAGGCGGCGUUCACCGGCGAGACGUCGGAGAUCUUCAAGAGCGUCUACUGGGAGGUGUACCGGUUGGAAAACGAGAAGGUGCCGAUCAACAGCAAUUACCCGAAGGCCAACGGCAACGUGCUGACCGAGCUGUACGACGCGAUGCUCGCGCAAGUGCGGCAACACUGUUACCGGGUCAGGCCGAUAGAGUUCUUCAGCCAGGUGGGCGUCCGCCCCAACGUGGCCGUGGUCGACGACGUGGAAAAGACCACGGUGAAAGACGGCGAAAUCGCCAAAAUGGUCGCGGAACACUGUGCGUACAUCGACGAGUUUUACACCAACCUGAAAAUAGACACCAUGAACCUGUUGCUGUGGAACGAUAUCCUGCACUUCCAACGAGUCUAAUACGGUAUAGAGGUAUAAAUAUAUUCUACAUCUAUUCUGUGUUGUAAAACAGUGGUGUGAUACUGAUUUUGAAGUUAACUGUACACCGUUAAACAAUGUUAAUAACUAUAAUA